AUGGCCGACUCGCAAGUAACCCUGCGCACGCGCAAAUUCAUCCGGAACCCUCUUCUGGGCCGCAAGCAGAUGGUCGUCGACGUCCUGCACCCCGGCCGCCCGAACGUCUCCAAAGACGAGCUCCGCUCCAAGCUCUCAGAGCUCUACAAGUCCGGCAAAGACCAAGUCUCCGUCUUCGGCUUCCGGACACAGUACGGCGGCGGCAAGAGCACGGGCUUCGCGCUCAUCUACGAUUCGAACGAGGCGAUGAAGAAGUUUGAGCCGCACUACAGGCUCGUGCGGGUGGGCAUGGCGAGCAAGAUCGAGAAGGCGAGCAGGCAGCAGCGCAAGCAGCGCAAGAACCGCUCCAAGACGAUGCGGGGGACGGUCAAGGCCAAGGGUGCCUCGAAGGACAAGAAGAAAUAA